AUGUCAAUUGCAAAUUAUACAUUGCCAUUAGCGGCUUCGGCUCCUCCGCCAUUUAUUGGUACACAAAAUUAUGGAACCGCACCACAAGCAUCAGCAAUCAAUUCUCUAUUAUACGACACUCCGAGAUUUACACAAACGAGACAAUCUUAUUUUCCUCCCUCGCCCAAUAGGAGACAACCAACGAAUUCUAGAAAAGUUAAAGACAAUAGAGAUCCGUAUAGAAAUCAAUAUCCUCAAAAACCAUUUUAUCAACCCGUUUCUAGCUCGACGACGACUCAAAAGAAAAAUGUUGACGAUUACGAUGAAUAUUUUAACGAGUCGAAUUACGAAUUCGAAGAAGACUCUUAUGAUAAAAAUUAUUCAGAAAGUGAACAACCUAACCAACAGAAAUAUUCUCAAGAAACUUCAACAACAAGUUCAAACAGCAAAACUAAAAGAAAACUUUCUACGAGUCAACAGCCACCCCCACAACCUACUCAAAGGCAAAAUCGAGAAUUGCCAAGUCAUCCGCCGACGUACAAAAGAAUAGCAAACACGUUUAACAGUGUUCCUGAACCAGGUGCAAAGACUUCUUUACACGCCGUUUUGGAUUUCGACGACGAUUUUGACGAUUAUAGCUACGAAGAUGAAGAUGUUGGACCGGUACCGCCAUCGUUACAAUGGACACCAAAACCCCAGGUCACACCUAUCGAGGGUCCAAUACUAAUUAAAAAUGGAAGCGUUCCAGUCGUUCCUUUAUAUUCCUAUCCAAUAAUCAAUAACGGCACUUUAGUUCAAAUUCCAAUACUAUGGACGGCUUUAUCAUUAGCAUUAGGCUUAGAAAUUCAUGGAGAAAUAAUAAGAGGAGUUCCAUGCAUAAAACGUUUUCACCAAUUAUUUUGUCCAACAGCUGGAAACACUUAUCCAAUAGAAAGAAUAGAACAGUUUAUAGAUGAUAACAAAGCGUUAAUGAAAAGAAUGUAUGGAGAAUUUCAAAUGUCUACGGAAUACGGUCCGCCAACUCAAGAAGUAUUCGAAAGUAAAAGAAAUGUUAAGAGGCAAACAAAAGAAUCAUCAAAUCAUCCUCCACCACCACCACCACCUUCUCCAGGAAGUUCCAGUUCAAAACCAGAAUCUUAUUUUGCACGACACAGAUCUUCGAGACAAAGUUUUAGAAGUGGCCAAAGUGAUAACGGAAGAGUAGAUGCUUGCGAAUCUAAAAUAGAAAUAGUAACGCCUUAUUGGGCGUCCAACAGUGCUGGAAAAAUAAGAGCCAUCGUUAAUACUCAACAUUUCGAACAAGCCAUACAUCAGGAAGUUUGUUCUAAAGUUCAAACGAAACGUUGCGUUGGUGAUUGUGGUUGCGAACAAAAAUACAAAUGGCAUCGUCUCCUCGCCUACGAUCCAGAUAAUGACUGUAAGGGAAUCUUUAUGGACUGGUUUUUAUUUCCAUCAUGUUGCGUUUGUCGUUGUGCGCCUAUUUUUAGAAAUUAA